CAACCACUUCCAUCGCAUCGACACCGCCCGCUCAUCGUGCAGCCGCAUGUAGCAAUAUCGAACCUUAUUCUACCUCGGUCUACACGCAACUCGCACCCGUCUAUACACCCUCGGUUUUCCUCCCGAUCAAAUGGCCUCCACCGCCAACGGCAGCGCUAGUGGUAGCACUGCUCAGGAUGGCAUGAGUGCUGCUGAGCGUCUGAUGCACGCGCACAAAGUGACAAUUGAAGAUGCAGCCGACGAGGAUUUGCCAUCCACCGCUUCCACCGCUGCACCUCCAGCCACUGGCACCACGAGUGCUUCGCACGAUGGCACUGUCUCCAGCGGCAAUGGCAGCAAGUCUGCAGGUAAGCAGCCGGUGCGCGAGGCACCUGCUGCCAAUGCCCCACGCGCACCGACUUUGGAUACACAGUCUGAGGAGCUAUUCCCGUCCCUCGGUGCCCCCAAGGGGCCCAGCGCGGGAACGAGCAUGUGGUCCAACAAACCUGCAGCUGUCGGCAAGGCAAACGGAACUUCGAACGGUACAGGCUACGGUCGGGCAGCCAAUGUGCCUGUCCGCACUAUGAAUGCGACCCCAGGUAUCGUCAACGCAGGCGCAGGCCGAGGGCCGGCACAGGUCAAUUUGCCCGGUCGCAACAGCGAACAGGUAUUGAUCCCUACUCACCUGAUGACGCCGCGCGCCCAACUCAAAAAACCUGUCGCCGACAUUCUGCGCGAUAUCAACAAGCGUAGCAAGGCCACCGUCGAGAUGAAAUCUGGUCCGGGAGGAAACUACAUCAUCGAAGGUACAGGCCCAACUGAUGCUGUGCGUCUGGCUUUGAAGGAGGUUGCCAGCCAGCUAUGCUCAAAGCAAACCGCCAAGGUCCCGGUGCCCAUGAGCGUGCGUGGCAGGAUCGUCGGAAAGCAAGGAGCUACAAUUCAAGCCAUCUCGAAGAAGACGGGAGCGCGAAUUAAUAUCUCGAAGCAAGAGGCUGCCGAAAUACUCGAGGACGAUGACAUGGACGCCACAAUCGACGUUACCAUUGAGGGCGAUCCCUUUGCGGUUCAGAUGGCGAAGGAGGAUAUCGAGAGAAUUGUCAACGAACACACCUCGUCCGGUACCUCGCGCCUGAAGAAUAUCCCACCCGAGUACUAUCCUUUCUUGGCAGCGCCGCACAAUCAGCGCCUCCACGGCCUGAGAGAAGGUCGCGAUCUGAAGAUUAACAUUCCCCAGUACCAUACAUGGAGCAAUCAGUUUCCACCGACUUUGCCUGAUGGACGUCAGCCUGCAGCUUUCAAGGCUCAGUCGAAUCUCCCGAUCCAGCUUGCCGGAGACAGACAGGCUAUUGCCGAGGCCAAGGCUGAGAUUGAACGCCAGGUGCAGGAAUUGGAGCGACAGCUUACUCUCGAGCACGUGCCUGUGGAGCGGGGCAGACACCAGUUCAUUGUGGGGGAGAAGGGCAAGUCAUUGCAUGAUUUCCUGCAAGAGACUGGCUGUUCCGUCAUACUUCCUCCUGACGGAGAUGACAGCGAGGUGCUUGCUGUUAUUGGUCCAGCGGACAAAAUCGACGAGGCGACCAACAAAGUCAUGGAACUCGCAUCUAGCAUGGCUAUGGCUAGCGCAGAUAUCGCACGCGCCCAUUCGAGCGCACCUCGAGGAGCUCAGGUCCAUGCACGCGACAUCACGAGAUACUUGCAGCAGCGCCAAGCUCUCCAAGAAUUGGAGCGGGCACACGAUGCACGCAUUGUCCCUGACAGUGCAGGCGCCUGGCAAAUCUACGCGCGCGAUGGCAAGAAUGCAAUCAAAGCCCGUGCCGAUGUCAUGAAUCUGGUUGCCGGGCAUCCACCCAGCCGAUUCCAACCGGUACAGGUCGAUCCUUUCUACCACCAACACAUCCGCGAAAAGGAGGCUCCACGCAUCCGCGAGCAACACGGCGUCCGCGUCGUGGUUCCGGAGGGACACAGCGAUGAGCCGCUUCUUUUGGUCUUUGAGGAUCGUGCUCCUUCACCCGAAUACAGUCUGCCUCGGGGUGCUCCACAGGCCGCGCAGAUCAAGUCCUUUGAACAAGCAUUGCAGCAGGCCCAGCGAGAAAUCAACACGCUGUUACAAGGCAGGCCUGAAAUUGUGUCGAGGCAGGUCGAUGCUCCCGCUAAGUUCCAUGACAAGAUUCGUCGACACGUCGACAGCCACCACCGAGGAUUGGCGGAAGAUCAACUUCCUGUCCAAGUGUCGUAUGGUGGUCAGCGUCAGGCAGCGCCACGUCGUGAGCAGGAACCUCGCGUGAACCUCCGUGGACCGCAAGACUCCGUCGAGGCUCUGUUGGCAAGUCUCGUCGCUUUCAUCGAGCAAGAGCAUAAAGACGAGUUGGAACGCGACUUCAAGCUGAGUUUCGAUUUCCCACAACAGCAUGCCAAUCACCUGAUUGGACGCAAAGGCGAGCACAUCAACAGCCUCCGCGAGAAGUUCGACGUCGACAUCCAGCUCAAUGAGGGCAAAUGUGAGAUCAAGGGGCCUGAGGCCAAAGCCAAGUCAUGCAAGGACCAUAUCCUCAGUUUGGUAAAGAAGCUUGAUGAUGAGAAGACGCAUCACCUGAACAUUCCUCAAGAGUUCCACAAGGACCUCAUCGGAGCCCAGGGAAGUCAAGUCAAUCGCUUGCAAGAACGAUACGGCGUGCGCGUCCAAUUCCCGCGUAACAAACAAGGAGGCGAGGAUGACACAGCUACUACUGAGGGUGCCUCCCGCCGUGAAACCCAGAAGCCAUACGAGGUUAUUGUCAAAGGCCCUAGCAAAGGUGCGGAUGCCUGCCGGGAUGAGUUGUUGAGCCUGCUAGAAUACGUCAAGGACAACUCUCACAGCGCAGUGGUGUCAGUCGCACAGAGUCAAUUGCCAUCUUUGAUCGGUGCCGGCGGUAAGGAAAUGGACGCUCUGCGCGUCCAGACCGGGGCUCAGGUCGACGUACCCGGCGCCAAAGAUGCAGCCGGAGCGGAAGGUCGAGUCGAGAUCAAGAUCAGAGGCUCCAAGAAAUCAGUAGAGGAAGCGAAGAAGCUGAUUCAAGAAAAGGCGAAAGUCUUCGACAACACCGUUACUCGCACUCUCAAUGUGGACCGGAAACAUCACGGCCGCAUCAUCGGGCCCCAGGGCAGCAAUCUUCGCGCUACGAUUCUGCAGGCUGGAGGUCCGGAGGAUACCCGUCUCCACAAUCGCAUGAUCCGCGUACCCAAGAAUGACAGCGAAGGCAACGAGGUCCGAGUCGAGGGUCAGAAGGCUGUUGUGGACAAGAUUUGUGCUGCUAUCGAGGCUAUGGUGGCCGAACAGGAGUCCCAGACCACGGAGAUUCUGGAGGUCAAGCCAGAGAAGCACCGCUUGCUCAUUGGACGUGGCGGUGAAACUCGACGUCAGUUGGAACAGCAGUUCAACGUCUCGAUCAACGUGCCGCGACAGAGCGAGACUGGCCCGCAACGCUCUCAAGUCCGCGUGACCGGCCAGCCGAACGAGGUGGAGAAGGCCAAGGCACAUAUCCUCGAGAUUACCAAGGACCAACAAGGCGAGACUGUCGCAGUUCCGCGCAAGCUUCACCACAUUAUUGCCGACAACGGGCAGUUCUUCCGGCGCUUGAGGAACGAUCACAAGGUGACGGUAGACCACGAUGGCCAGCGUCCUCCGCCGAAACAGUCCACGCCUGUGCCUAGCCGAUCCAAUGGCAGCGGCGCAAUGCCUUUGAUCACAGACGAACCCACCGACUCUAGCAGCAGCCAUUCGUGGGAAGUGCACGAGUUGCAUGGGAGUGGUGAGGAAGGCGAGAUCCCGUGGAUCUUGAGUGGACCUUCCACUGAAGCUGUACAAGCAGCACGAGCGAAGCUUGAUGCGGCCAUUGCAGAGGCCAGCAAGCUAGACACGAUCGGAUUCUUGAUCCUGCCCGAUCCUCGUGCGUACCGCCAUGUCAUCGGACCUGGUGGCAGUGAGAUCAACCGCAUCCGCUCCAAGACCAAGACCAAGAUUCAGGUGCCUCGCGACCAGAGUAAAGGCGAAGCGAUUGAGAUUCAGGGCUCUCAGGAGGGCGUGGAACAAGCCAAAGACAGUAUGUUGGAAGUGGUUCAGAACCACGCAUAAGCAGAAUGGCGUGACAUUGAUACAGCGGCAUUUGGGGUACGAAAAGGGAUAAACGCAAAAGUUUGGAGCGAUUUCCUGUAAUGCACAUAGCAAAUGAUAUAGAGUGACAAUCGACUAUCGCAACGAUGCGCCGCG